UUUUCUUCCUCGUCCCCAUCCCUCUCACAGUCAACAUCUGAAAUCCUCUCUCCGCACCACCUGAAAGGCUGAAACUUUCCCCUCCCGAAACCCUCGCCUCGCCUCCAGCGACCACCAUGCCGCCGCCGCCGUCGCUGCCGGACGGAAUCGUCGAGGAUAUCUUCCUCCGCCUUCCGCCGGACGAGCCCGCGUGCCUCGUUCGCGCCUCCCUCGCCAGCAAGCUCUGGCUCGGCCAUCUCACCGGCCCUCGCUUCCGCGGCCGCUACCGCGAGCUCCAUGGAGCGCCCCCCAUGCUGGGCUUCCUUUACGAUUGGUUCUGGGACUACGUGCCGGAGGAGAAAGAUGCCGUCCCGCGCUUCGUCUCCACCACGGGAUUCGGCGCGCGCGUCCCCCCCGACCACCACUGGGGGGACUCGGGCUCGGACUACAACGCGUUGGACUGCCGCCAUGGCCGCGUUCUCCUCGGGGAUUAUGGCGCGCCCAUUCCGCUCGUCGUUUGGGACCCCAUGACAGGCCGCCAAACCAAGAUGGAAGCGCCCAAAGGACAGGAUAUCGGCAGCGGGGCCGCGGUGCUCUGUGCCGUCACCGGCUGUGACCACCGCGCGUGUCAUCAGGGCGCCUUCAGGGUCGUCGUCUUCGGCAGCAUGACCACCCAUGUUUAUCAUCCUGUUACUAUUAUACAGGUGUGCGUGUCCUCGCCGGAGACGGGUGAGUGGAGCCAGCCGUGCCCUGGUCUUGAUCUCGGAGUUGACGCAUUCAUCAUGCCGGUGCCCCCUGUCGUCAUCCGAGAUGCAGUUUACUUGAUGCAUGCGCGUGGUGAGCAUGAUCACAUUGCAGGAAUUCUCAAGUACGACUUGGGCUCUAAUUGCUUAUCGCUGAUUGACAUGCCCCUGCCGGGGGCUGUCAAUGUCGGCGACGUCAUCCUCAUGGCCAUGGAGGAUGGCAGCUUGGGGCUUGCACAUGCCAGUGGAUCAACCCUCUACCUGUGGUCAAGCUCAAGCCAGAUGGGUGUUGCGACAUGGACUCAGCGUAGAGCCAUCGAUCUCAAAAGCCUUCUUCCCAUUCAAAAUCCCAUGGAAGGACUUAGACUGAUUGGAUCCAUGGAAGGCAGUGAUAUCAUCUUCGUGCUUACGGACCUUGGCAUCUACCAGAUUAAUCUUAACUCACUACAGUGGAACAAGAUAUGGAAGAGACAGAAAUUCUUUGCUUUGAUUCCGUACAUGAGUUUCCACAAUCCACAAGGAUGACCCCCUGAAAUGUGAAGCACUGACAACAUAUGUUUGAACGUGCUUAAGGGCAGGAGGCCACGAUCAUCAAUAGGAAAGAUGACUACUUGGAGUGGAGGCGACAUGGGUCUUGUGAUUAAUCGUGUCAGUAGUCAGUAGCUGUUUAGUGCACUGGUGCUUGAAUUCUCAUAGUGAUGUUGCCUUUGGUCAGUAAGCUUGAUAAUUUCCCCGUGUUGUUGUUGUUGUGUGUAAGCAGGGGAAUGGAUUACCUUUGUAAUUAACCUCUAAUUUCUUGCAGCAUCAGCUAUGUGCUUUCUUGUUUAA